AUGGCGAUUCCUCCCAACCCCUACUCCACCGAUGGCGGCGCCCCCUCCCCAGCGACCAUUAGCAGCAGCGAGCCCCUUCAACCAUGGCCGGCGGCGCCUCUGGACGACAACGGCAACGGCGAGCCCCUUCGCCCAGGGCCGGCGGCGCCUCUCUUCACCAAUGGCAAGGGCGACUACGACAUCUCCCAGAUCCAGAUCGAGGGCGCAAGCGGGGGUGGCCCCCGGCCCGUUUCCCCGCGGCUGCCAUGGAGCUUGGGCGGAGCGUCGUCCGGUGGAGUGCGAGAUCUGCACCCAAUGGCGACGGCGGCCUCCUCCCCCGUACGGGAUCUGGUGGCCCCCUUCUCUCUGGCCGCCGCUCCAAAUUGUUCAGCCAAUGGUGGUCAGAUUGGAAGCAACACCUUUUCUGUCAAGCUUCCAAGACUUUCUGUCAGCGAUUGGAUGCCGAUUAUGGUGAAUCUGGUGACAAGGAUGCUAAUGUGCAGCCGUCCUCCACGAGCAGGAAUAAUCAGUCGAUAUAGGCCGGCGUCCAAGAAGCAUAAGCUUACCAUCAAGACCACCAAGAAGCGCACCCUUGGCUCUUCAUUAUCAGCCGCUCUUGGGAUACCAUCAUCGGCUGAAAUUGUUCAGCUUUCAUCGAGUGCCAUUAACUCCAAGUUCUACAAGCACAACACCGCUUGGCCGACCGAUCCGCUCAACAAGAUAUGCUCAAUCAAAGAGAUACCGGUCGGCAAGAAGUCAUAG